AUGGAGGGUAUCCGUACUCGAAGUCAACGCCAGUUGGAGACGGACCAGAGACGAUUUGGUAAUACAACGCCGCAAACAUCGGAGGGCCAGCUGCUGACCACGGAGGCCGGUCGGUCAUCAGCUCCUGCAUCUGCAGCACCUGACUUAGGUGCUCUGAUGAUGAUGCUGCAGGAACAGGCUCGCCGACAGGAGGAACAGGCCCAUCGGUUGAAAGAGCAGCUGCAGCGCGGACAGGAGGAACAGGCCCGCCAACAAGAGGAACAGGCCGGCCAACAGGAGGAACAGGCCCGUCGGUUGGAAGAACAGCUGCAGCGCGGACAGGAGGAACAGGCCCGCCAACAGGAGGAACAGGGCCGUCGGUUGGAAGAGCAGUUUCUUCUCAUGAAGGACCUUCACGCUACCUUCGGGAAAGAGAUAAAGGAGGUGAAAGAUAGGGUUGCUCAACAUGACAACCGCCUGUCGGAAGCUGAAACCCGAAUCGACCAAGUGAAAAAUCGGGUUGACAACGUGAUGGUUGACGUGAAGAAAAUGCUGAACGACCUCAAAAUUGGGGAUGGAGUUACAGCUCCCGUGGUAGCUACAACACCUUCGCUACGUGGAUUCAAAGUGCCACCGUUCGACAGGAGUUUUUCCUGGUCGGCCUACAAAAUCCAGUUCGCGGCUGUCAUGAAAGCGAACGGCUGGAAUAAAAGUCAGGCCAUAACUGCUCUCACCCUAGGCCUACGCGACCAGGCCUUAACUGUUCUGGAAGCUCUCGGUAAGGAUAUGACUUACGAGCAGCUCCUUGAGGCAUUGGAGGCGAGAUAUGGCGAUGCUCAUCUGGAACACGUCUUUCGUGCGCAGCUCAAAGAUCGCGUGCAACGCAGUAACGAAAACCUGCAGCAGUGGGCCCUUGAGGUGGAGAAGCUGGUUCGAAAAGCGUACCAGUCUGUACCUGCGCUCAUUGUAGGGAACCUGGUGCAGACAUUCAUCGACGGCAUCCGCGACCUUGAAGUCAGAGCUGUUGUGAGGCUCGGGCACCACGAGAUGCUUAAGGACGCCUUGACCCAUGCACUGGAGGUGGAAGCCGUGCGGCAGGAUCAUCGUUCCCACCGCGUCAGGGAGGUUGCAGCAGCUACAGUUCAGGACCGCAAUAAGGGCUACAGCCCUAGGUGCUACGGCUGUGGGGAAAGGGGCUAUCUUCGAUCCAGCUGCCCUAAACGAACUGUAGGUGGUGAUCGAUCUCGAGAGGGUAGUGUGGCUGACAGCACCGCCCAGCAGCAGCAGGGAAACUGGCGGGUGCUGGCUGAUGUUAAAAGAGCCCCAAGGAUUUCGAUCUCACAAACCCGUGAUGGAAACAGCCUGAUCAUCAAGGGCGAGGUCAACGGAAAGCCGUGGCACGGUUGUCAGUUCCCAACUUAUAAAUCAGUUUCUUGGGGACUCCGCAUACAACCGCGAACGCAUUAA